AUGGAAGCUAUGAUUGAAAAUCUCGAUGAGCUUUGUAUGCCAGAAAUCCGAGAAUCAUCCGUCGGAGAUGACCACAGCGCCAAAGCUCCGCCGCCUCGGCUGCGGUCCAUCACUUUCCGGAACAAGACUUGCAAUAUGCUACUAGAUGCAACUAAUCUGAGGGUUUCUCAAUGGCUGGUGGAUCGUCGUUGCUUUGCUUUGCAACUCAUCGAUCCAGCCAUGGAGGCUCAGGGUCAUUCCCCGUAUCCCCAGGCACCUGCCUCGGAGGGCAGAGAUGAUACCGACAGUACAGCUACGAUCAUGGGUGAUGACUCGCCAUCUAUCCCAGUCCCCAAUGUCAGCCGAGCCAACGACUGGAGCUUAAUGCCCCAGAUUAAACAACAAAACGAACGUGAGAUGGAGUCAGGGUUCAAACGUCGCGAACUUGGCGUCACCUGGAAGAACCUGAGCGUCGAAGUUGUCAGCGCAGAAGCCGCCGUGAAUGAGAACUUUUUCUCCCAGUUCAACAUACCCCAGCAUAUCAAAGAAUCACGCAAUAAACCUCCUCUUAGGACCAUCCUGAACAACAGCCACGGCUGCGUCAAGCCUGGAGAGAUGCUUCUAGUGCUAGGCCGACCCGGCUCCGGUUGUACCACAUUGCUUAAAAUGCUCGCGAAUCGAAGGCUUGGCUAUAAGUCCGUCCAGGGUGAGGUUAACUAUGGCUCAUUGACCGCCAAAGAGGCCUCCAACUACCGUGGUCAGAUUGUUAUGAACACGGAGGAAGAACUGUUUUUUCCCACAUUGACUGUCGGACAAACAAUGGAUUUUGCAACGCGCCUAAAGAUCCCAUUCAAGCUACCCAACGGUAUCGACUCACCGGAAGCCUAUCGCAAGGAGACCAAGGAUUUCCUGCUUGAAUCGAUGGGCAUUUCCCAUACCAAUGAUACAAAGGUCGGCAACGAAUAUGUCCGGGGUGUGUCUGGUGGCGAGCGCAAGAGAGUCUCUAUUAUUGAGUGUCUCGCCGCACGUGGCUCAGUGUUUUGUUGGGAUAAUAGCACGCGUGGGCUGGAUGCCAGUACAGCUCUUGAAUGGACUAAGGCUAUCCGUGCCAUGACUGACGUCCUUGGUCUUUCUACCAUAGUCACAUUAUAUCAAGCCGGCAACGGUAUCUACGAUCUUUUCGAUAAGGUCUUGGUCCUGGAUGAGGGCAAGGAGAUCUACUAUGGUCCCAUGGCCCAGGCACGUCCCUUCAUGGAGGAUCUUGGGUUUGUCUGCCGUGAGGGCUCUAAUGUUGCGGACUUCCUUAGCGGCGUUACCGUCCCGACAGAGCGUAGAAUUCGCCCUGGAUAUGAGAAUCGCUUUCCUCGCAACGCUGACACGUUGGCGGCAGAGUAUGAGAAGUCACCGAUCCACGCUCAGAUGGUUGCCGAAUACGAGUACCCCGACACCGACCUUGCGCGGGAGCGCACUGAGGAUUUCAAAGCCGCCGUUGCAGAGGAACAGUCAAGUCGGCUUCCGAAGAAUAGCGUAUUGACUGUCGAUUUUGUUGAUCAGGUCAAGGCGUGCGUUGCUCGGCAGUACCAGAUUCUGUGGGGAGACAAGGCCACCUUUAUUAUUAAACAGGUGUCCACCCUGGUCCAGGCAUUAAUUGCUGGCUCCCUGUUCUACAAUGCCCCUAACAAUUCUGGGGGCUUGUUCGUCAAAUCAGGUGCCCUGUUUUUUUCGUUACUUUACCACAGUCUUCUCGCGAUGUCCGAAGUGACCGAUUCAUUUAGCGGCCGACCUGUUCUCGUUAAGCAUAAGGGAUUUGGAUUCUACCACCCUGCUGCCUUCUGUAUUGCCCAGAUUACUGCAGAUAUCCCCGUUCUUUUGUUCCAGAUCAGUGUUUUCUCAAUCGUCGUUUACUUCAUGGUCGGAUUGGACAUGUCGGCGUCUGGGUUCUUCACCUAUUGGGUUUUGGUUUUUGCUACCACAAUGGCCAUGACGGCGCUCUUUCGUUCUGUUGGUGCUUUAUUUAGCACAUUCGACGGUGCUGCCAAAGUGUCCGGCUUCCUCAUAGCUGCUCUGAUCAUGUACACUGGCUAUAUGAUCCAGAAGCCCCAGAUGCAUCCCUGGUUUGGUUGGAUUUACUGGAUUAACCCACUUGCCUACGGUUUCGACGCAUUGCUGUCGAGCGAGUUCCAUGGAAAGAUCAUCCCAUGCGUAGGCACCAACCUCAUUCCAUUUGGCCCUGGUUAUGAAGAUGCAGCUGGCCACCAAUCCUGUGCUGGUGUUGGUGGUGCUAUACCGGGAAACACGAUAGUCACCGGCGACCAGUACCUGUCCUCCUUAUCCUACAGCCACGGCCAUGUAUGGCGUAAUUUCGGUAUAUUAUGGGCUUGGUGGGCUCUGUUCGUGGCCUUGACCAUAAUUGCGACGUCGCGUUGGAAAGCUGCGUCUGAAACCGGCAGCUCUCUUUUAAUCCCACGCGAGAGAGUGGACAGACACCGUCAAGUUGUUUCACGCGACGAGGAAUCUCAGUUCGACGAGAAGGCCAAGAAACCCAGUUCUAACGAUUCCGAAGAUGCUGCUGACAUUGGCAAGCAAUUGGUUCGGAAUACCUCUGUCUUCACCUGGAAGGAUCUUACCUACACAGUGAAGACACAUUCCGGCGAUCGUGUUCUGCUCGACAAUGUGUAUGGUUGGGUGAAGCCUGGAAUGUUAGGUGCCUUGAUGGGAUCCUCUGGUGCUGGGAAGACUACUCUGUUGGAUGUGUUAGCUCAGCGCAAGACUGAAGGUACUAUCAAUGGCUCUGUCUUGGUGGAUGGCCGUCCUCUUCCGGUCUCUUUCCAGCGGUCUGCAGGCUAUUGUGAACAACUCGACGUACACGAGCCUUUUGCAACAGUACGCGAGGCAUUGGAAUUUUCUGCUCUGCUCCGGCAGCCGCGCCAUGUCCCAGAGCAGGAGAAAUUAAAGUAUGUGGAUACCAUUAUUGAGCUCCUUGAGCUCCACGAUAUUGCAGAUACCUUAAUUGGCUACGUUGGCGCAGGCCUGAGUGUUGAACAGCGCAAGCGAGUCACCAUUGGAGUGGAGUUGGUAUCAAAGCCUAGUAUCCUAAUCUUCUUGGACGAACCAACAUCUGGUCUCGAUGGUCAAUCUGCUUACAAUACCGUUCGGUUCCUGAGGAAACUUGCCGAUGUUGGCCAAGCUGUCCUAGUGACCAUUCACCAACCGUCUGCACAAUUGUUCGCUGAAUUCGAUACCUUGCUUCUCUUGGCCAAGGGCGGCAAGACAGUUUAUUUCGGUGAUAUUGGUGACAAUGGCCAGACUGUCAAGGACUACUUCGGUCGUUUUGGUGCCCCGUGCCCGACUAAUGUCAAUCCAGCGGAGCAUAUGAUUGAUGUUGUUUCGGGCGCCCUGUCCCAGGGUCGUGACUGGCAUCAGGUGUGGUUGGAAUCUCCAGAACACGAGGCUGCUAUCAAAGAGCUUGACCAGAUUGUGAGCGAGGCGGCAUCUAAGCCUCCAGCAACCUCUGAUGAUGGAUUUGAAUUCGCCAUGCCUCUCUGGCAGCAAACGAAGAUUGUAACGAAGCGGAUGAGCGUUGCCCUUUUCCGGAAUACCGACUACGCGAAUAACAAGAUUGCUCUUCACAUUGGUUCGGCUUUGUUCAACGGCUUCUCAUUCUGGAUGAUCGAUGACUCCGUCAACUCCAUGCAACUGCGCCUGUUUACCAUUUUCCAAUUUAUUUUUGUCGCUCCGGGUGUUAUCAACCAGCUGCAGCCGCUCUUCAUUGAACGCCGAGAUAUCUAUGACACACGAGAGAAAAAGUCUAAGAUGUACUCAUGGGUUGCAUUUGUAACUGCCCUGGUUGUCUCUGAGAUCCCCUACCUCUGCCUCUGCGCCAUAUUUUACUUCGUUUGUUGGUACUACACAGUGGGAUUCCCAAGCGACUCGGAUAAAGCCGGUGCGGUGUUCUUUGUCAUGUUGAUGUACGAGUUCGUGUACACUGGAAUCGGACAGUUUAUUGCUGCGUAUGCACCCAACGCAGUCUUCGCGUCUCUGAUCAAUCCUGUUUUUAUCGGUACCUUGGCAUCGUUCUGCGGUGUGUUGGUACCGUACGCCCAGAUCCAGGCUUUCUGGCGUUACUGGAUCUACUGGAUGAACCCGUUUAACUACCUGAUGGGUAGCUUGUUGACGUUCACGGUCUUCGACGUGGAGGUAGAGUGCAAGAAAUCGGAAUUUGCUGUCUUCGACCCGCCCAACGGCACCACCUGUGGAGAAUACCUAUCCACAUUUAUGCAGGGCAUCGGGUCGCGGAUGAAUCUUAUCGAUCCCGACGCCACGUCGGGCUGUCGAGUGUGCCAGUUUAGCCGGGGCAGCGACUACCUCUACACUAUCAACUUGAAGGACUAUUACUACGGCUGGCGUGACGCGGCAAUUGUUGCCCUGUUUGCGCUGAGCUCCUACGCUCUGGUAUACGCCCUGAUGAAAUUGCGGACCAAGGCCUCCAAGCAGGCCGAGUAA